CUCUUGGUCUUCUUGUCAUCGGCACGGUUGGAAAACGACAGCAAACUGCCACGGUUUUCCAAACAGCCCGUCCCGACUGAAGCAUCCGCCAUCGAUUUCCCGAUACCACCUUGAUUGACUUUCCCCCGCUCUGCGCUCCCUCAGCCCGCAUUCGAGAGCAGCCAGGAGUUUCAUCAAACAUCUAUCGACACGGCAUCGAACAUACGAACGUUCAUCUUGGGCCCCGGCAAAGAGCCCGCUGUAUGGUUCUGCACCCGUGGAACUGCCCAAUGGUGGCCACGACCAUAGCGACGCCCUCACACUCAGCGCUGUCGCGGAACCAGUCGAAUGAAUGCAACCCCUAAACCCAUUCCUGAGCGCCUUCUCCAAGAGCCCCAUCCUCGCCCAGUGCCUGCCGCCUCAGCAGCACAUCCUCCUCGUCCCGACCGCCGAUGUCCUACUCAACGCCCGCGACACCGAAACGGGCGCGCCACUGGUGGCCUCCAUAGCUUCGGAUGAAUUCCUGGGAAGCCAUGUGCUGCGCAUCCCCUUACCGAAAUCACAGGGGGCCGGCGGGAAGGAUGCGGCGCAGAACCUCCGCGAGAUGCGCGGAAAGCCCAAGGUGUACGGCACAUUUAACGGAAGGAGUCUGGUCAUCAAGGAUCAAUCCAUCUUCACCAACAAGGGCUUCAAGUCGCUGGCUCAAGCCAACCUGCUUCACGAUGCCAUCUGGUACCCUGACACGCUCGACCCCCGCCCAUUUCUAAUAUACUACAUCUCGCGCCCUCUGGUCGGGUCAUGGGAAGAGGUUAAGAUCACACCGGCUGUGUUACCCCCUACGUCUGAUGGCGGUGAACGUCUGUCGAAAGGGACACCGCCAGAGGCUCGGAAUCAGCCCUCGGGCUCGCCGCAGAAGAAGAAGGACAUCAAGACCUUCCAUGAGCUACUCAUCCAUUUUCCGGCCAUUGCCAAGCAGAUGCAGGCCGGGCUAGAGAAGCUGUUCCGCGAGUUCACCCUCGUGUUCGAGCGACCGUUACCCCCACCGCCAUCUGCUAGUGAGAUACCGGAUCCGGAGCCAGAUGGGCCGAUCUCCACAGCGGUGAAGAGGGCGAGGUCAAACAGCGAUGUCAGUCAAGGCGCUGUUGCGGGGGUCACCGGGUCUCAUGUGUCCGGGGCUUCUGAGGAUGACGAGACGACCAUUCGGACCGCCAUGGAAACCGCCGUCACGGCUGCCAUCGACCUGUUUCAGAGCGUCGACAGGCAGCAGCUUUCUCUCUUGGGCGCCACCACGGAUCUGACGGGACCCCUCGUCGAACGACUCAUCGAGCGCUACAUAGCCGAGAACGUGCAUCAUUUGGUGUUUCCACGCCUUGCCGCACUCCGAAGGUCGGAAGAUUUGGAGUUGGAAGCCAAGAUCAGGCAGAUGGACUGUAUCGAUAUUUCACAGCUGGGCGUCGUCAUUGGCGGGAGCAGCCGUGCCAAGCGCGACGUCGUCAACAGGCUGGGCAGGGCUGUCGAGGAGUUCCGGAAGAUGCCAAACGCCAGCUGUCCGCAGGAGAUGAUGGAGAUCUUACUUGCAACGACUAGGGCGGCAACCCAACUUUCGGAUGUGCCACAUCCAGGGCCAGCGUCAGCGUCAGCGUCAGGGCCAGCGUCCGAGAAACCGGUCAUGACAAUCAACGCGGACACGCUGGUGUCCCUGUUGCUCUAUGUCGUGAUCAAAGCACAGAUUAAGCAUCUCCAGGCGAGGCUCACUUACAUGCGGAACUUUGUCUUCGUCGACGACGUCGAGAGCGGCGAGAUGGGCUAUGCUCUCAGCACGUUCGAGGCGGUCCUGUCAUAUCUUGACCGAGAUUCUGGGGGCUUGCGAAGAGCAAGUCGACGCAAUCGAGCUCUGUGGGACGCUGUGUCGAAGGGUGACCUGCCCGAACUCCGCAAGAUCAUGGAGCCGGACGAGGAUGCCAUCGAGGAUGAUGACGGCACGUUCGGAUCAUCCCACUCACGACGACAAUCUUCGAGCGGCUGGAGCUUCACGAACGGAGUCUCUCGGAGGUCUUCGUCGAGCUUCGCCACCGCAGAGAGUCUCUCGCGAGGUUCCGGUCUGAGCCACGUGUUUCCGUUCCAAAAUGGAACGGACACGAAAGAGACCGAGCCCCCCAAGCCGCCCCCCAAGAGGACCAAGAAGGUUGCGAUGGACACGAGGAGCAUGUCCAGCGGGUCCGAAAUCUCGUUUCGGUCUAUGCCUAUGAGUAUCGGCACGAUGAGCGGGAUCGAGGGAGAUACGUCCAUUGAGCGGCUUGCCCAGACCCGAGACGCCUUUGGAGAGUCGGUUCCAAUGAUGGCUAUUCAGAACAGACAGCUGGGGGUUCUGAGAUAUCUGCUGUCAUUGAGGCAACACUAUCCUGCCGAGGUCAUUCUCGACGACCAGAACAACGAGGGAACCACGGUGUUCAGCGCUGCCGUGCAGCUCGGGGACGAGGCUAUCGCCAACACCGUCCUCGACUUCUUACUGGAUGCCACGAGCGAUGACCGCAUCUCCCAGUACUUUGCCAUUCAGGACACUUGGGGCAGGAGUGCUGCUCACUACCUGUUUCACGCCCCGUUUCUGAUACAGCGGAUUGGAAAGUUGUUGCCGUGGCGCCAAAAAGACAAGAACGGCCAGACGCCGUUAUUUGCCCUAUGCCGGUCGUACGAUCACCCUAACUACGCCACCAUGGUCAGCGAGGCGCUGGAUGCGGCCACCAGAGCCCAAGGCGAUGGGCAGCCGCUUCAUCUGGACGACCACGUGGAUAUCAAGGGGAAUACGCUGUUGCACAUCGUCAACGACGCUCAAUUGGCUCUGAGGAUCCUCCAAAAGUGCGAUGUUGACGUCAACGCAACAAACGAAAAACAGUUCACCCCCUUGAUGCUGGCCAGCAAAUACGGGCGCUUCGACAUGGUCAGGACGCUGUUCGGCGACCCGCGCGUCGACAUCGCCGCCCGGGAGCUGAGGGGCCUGACGGCGGUCGAGCUGGCCAAAGACGACGAGGUGCGGAGCAAGAUUGACGACCUGACGCUGUUCUCGCAAAUGCCAAGCGUGGAUUCCCGGACGACCGGCGUCGUCCGCGCCUACUUCGUCGAGGACGCGUCGGUCCGUUUCGUGGUCAAGUCGGGAGCGCCGGUGGACAAGCAGAGCUUCGCGAUCACGACCUGCCGCCGCUCCCUGAGCGACUUUGAGCAUCUGGCGAAGCUACUGCAGAUGGAGAAUCCAGCAUCGUGGAUCCCGUCGCUGGCGGACCUGCGGUCGCCGAUCCAGAUCCCCUCGAAACCGAGUCGCGCGGUGCUCAAGGAUCUGCAGAUCAAGAUGGACUGGUUCUUGAGGGUACUACUGCAGCACCCAACGUUUGCCACGCACGAGAUGCUGUGGGAGUUCUUCCUGGUGCCGGACCUGCAGCUAGACAUGAUGGCGGAACGCAGCAAGCUCAAGGCGGACGCGCUGAUGGAGAAGGUGCACGACGAGUACGAGCCGGUAGAGGACCUGCGCGAGGUGUCGCAAUUCAUCGACCACGCGCGGGACAUGGUCCGAAGCGUGCAUUUCUCCACGAGGAGCGUGGCGCGGCGGGCGAAUGUGGUCAACAAUGUCGCCAUCGACCUUCAUGAGGCCUCAGCCAUCCUCUCCCGCACCCUCUCCACCCUCACCUUUCUCCCGUCGUCGCAUACCGCCGCCUUUGCUACCUACGUCCGCGCACUAACGCCGUCGCAUUCGUCCCCCAGCGCCGGCUUCUUUUCCACCUUCCUCGCGCUCUACAACAACGUCGAGUCCGUCCUCAAGGCGCUUUCCCGGCCGCCGCAGACCAUCUCGCGCAUCCAGGCGGUCCGGCGCGAUGCCGAGCGCAGCUACAACUCGCUGGCGCGCUCGUCGCGCUGGCCGCUGGGCCUGAGCCUCCCGGUGCUGGACGAGGCGCGGCAGCGGGUCAACGAGGAGCGCGAGGAGAAGGCGCGGCGCAGCGAGGGCGAGGCGGAGACGCUGUGCCGCGAGCUGCGGUACGCGCAGCAGACCGUCGCGGGGGAGCUGGCCGGCUGGAGGGAGAUGCACGAGCGGCUGGGCCGGAGGGCGAUUCGGGACCUGGCCAAGGGCAUGGUGGUCGCCGAGAAGAUGCGGUUGGAGGGCAUGCUCAGGGCCUUGCGACUGGUUAGAGAAGGCAAUGGUGCCGGUGGUGCUACUCCUCCUCCUCCUCCUCCUCCUCCUCCUCCUCCUCCUCCUCCCGGGGGAGCUGUCGGGGCUGCUUCUGCGCAAGAGCGGGGCUUCUUGUCAUUUGUUUACGUCGAUGAUGCGGAUGGUUAGACGGGACUGGGUCUGGUUGAUUAGACGGAGAGCGUAGUCGUAUCGUACAAUUCAUGAGCCAGUUGGCUCCGUCGUUUGGCUGUGGUUGUGGAAAGCCAUCACGACAUGAUUCCCUACCUACAUAGCACUAAUGUUGUUGGCCGAUGGUCCCGGCCCCUUUUCUUUGGUGUCUUGGAAACUCGACAAGCCAAGGUUCAGUGGCUCUCUCAUUCAAAACUUCGACCUCUGUGCGAGACGCAGUGUUCUCAAGAGACCAGCGGCCCAGAGAACGGUGGGAUUCGCGUGCACCCUUGUUUUCG